CGAGUGGAUCCCACGCGACCUUAUAAGCUUCCAAGGCCGUGCAGAUUCUGCGACCCGUCCAGCGGCCUCUCCAUCGUCACUGCCUCAACUCUUUCACCUAGAUGAUGCCACCCUCCUUUUAACAAGAAAGGAGCACCUCCGGCGCCGCACACGUGCUCUCAUACCUCAGUGUGCGGUAAACCUCCCCUGCGGUCUUACCCGUGCGGAGGAGGUUGCGCUUCGGAGGAUCCGGGUCGGGGUUGCCCUCACUCCUGCCGUGACUAGGAAGUGGCCGCACUUUCGCCCGUUAUAUCCUCGUCCUGAGUGUCCACUCUGCAAGUCGCGAAAUGCUGAAGCCGACAUCCACCACCUGCUGUGGGUGUGCCCUGCACAUGAAACCGACGAGGCUCCGGCACCUCGCAGCAGCGGCACUCUCGCUGCAUAAUCUGAGCGAUUACACUGCUUGGACACAGGGACCGCAUUAUCGAUCCCUCUUGGAUUUCAUUAGAUCCCCUACACAAAGUGCAAGAAAUGGCAGUCCGGGUGUUCAGAAAUUUUGAGCCUGAAUUGCAUGGCCGCUCAUGAAAAGUUCUGUACAUUUCGUCGGUGGAGAGUGCCGGAGAAGCCGGAGGACCAGGUCCAACCGCGGGGUCCCGACAGCUCACCCGGUCGAGCGAUGGCGGAGAGCGUCGGCAGCGAAGAAGGCACUGAUGCGAUUCCAUACACCCGGUGUAGAAACUGGCCGUCCGGCUGUAGUGCCAUCGCCAGGCUGGACCUGAUGGCCAGCCAUGAAGCCACGUGUGGCUUUCGCCAGGUCCGUUGCACCUUCAAGAGCUGCGGCUGGCUCUGCUGUUUAAACCAGCUGGCCGGCCACUUGGUGCAUCAGCACAGUGUCAACGUGGUUGCAGUUCAGGAGGACAGCGCGGAGCUCGUGUUAGAGGAUCCCAACAAUAAGGAGAACAGCAUGCGCAUUGUCCUCCUGCUGCACCACGAGAGCGUGUUUGCCGUGACCUACGAGCGGACUGGCCCCUUCUACACCGAAGCCAAACUUAAUAUCGUCACACUGACACCUCAUUGCGACGAAUGCCAGUUUGAGAUUGUACUUCGUGGGCCCUCUGGUGUGAACGCAUGGCGCUCAAAGGCGCUUGCAUGUGACACACCCGAAGACACAUCUGUUGGGCUCACCGAGUCGUUUAUCAGCAGGAUGGCUCCUGACGGACUUUUAAGAAUGGAGAUUAAAUUAACCAAGGCUGUCAUUUAAGAAGGA